AUGCCGCGACAAAAAGGUGUCAAAUUUCAACAUCGGUCUAAUGGCACUAGCCAGAGCGACCAUCAUCGCCAGAACUCCUCCACUGCAAGUGAAAGUUCAUCCGAGCCCCCUAGUCCCAUCAAAGACGUCGAUCCCAAGAGGAACGGGUCGGUUGAGAAGUCAGAUAAGCAUGUCGAACCAUCCGAAUAUGAGAAAAAGAAGGCCACCUUUAUCACCAGAACGAUAUGGACCUUGGCCAUGAUAUCCGGCUUCUUUGGCGCCAUGUUCGCUGGGCACAUAUACGUACUCAUGGUUAUCACUGCAGUUCUCAUAAUCUCUUUCAAGGAAGUGAUCGCUAUUGCGCAAGUUCCAACUAAGCAGAAGAAUCUCCCACUUACAAAGUCUCUAAACUGGUAUUUCUUCGCCAUCACCAUGUAUUUUGUCUAUGGUGAAAGCGUGAUCUACUACUUCAAGCAUAUUCUCUUGGUCGAUAAGGUUUUGCUCCCAUUUGCGACUCAUCAUCGCUUCAUCAGCUUUACCAUGUACAUUUUCGGAUUCGUUUUCUUCGUGGCAUCUCUCCAGAAGGGCUACUACAAGUUCCAAUUCACCCAAUUCGCGUGGACGCACAUGGCACUGUUCCUCAUUGUCAUUCAGGCUCAUUUCAUGAUGAACAAUGUUUUGGAAGGUCUAAUCUGGUUUUUCCUACCGGUCUCCUUGGUUGUCACCAACGAUAUUUUUGCCUAUAUUUGCGGAAUCACCUUUGGUAGAACCCAGCUUAUCAAGAUCUCUCCAAAGAAAACAGUCGAGGGCUUCGUGGGGGCCUGGGUAUGCACCAUCUUUUUUGGAUUUGCCCUCACCAAUAUUUUGAUGCGCUACAAAUACUUUAUCUGCCCGGUAAACGACCUUGGAGCAAAUAUCUUCACUGGCUUACAAUGUACACCAAACCCUGUCUUUGCCAGUCGACCUUAUAAUCUAUUUGGUUGGGCUGGCAUAGAUCGAAUCUUUCGAAUUGCACCAAUACAAUUCCACAUCCUCAUAUUUGCAACCUUCGCAUCAUUAAUAGCCCCAUUUGGAGGUUUCUUUGCAUCCGGAUUGAAGAGAACUUUUAAAAUCAAAGAUUUUGGUGACAGCAUUCCCGGCCAUGGUGGCAUGACAGAUCGCAUGGAUUGUCAAUUCAUCAUGGGCGUCUUCUCCUACAUGUACUAUCAGAGUUUUAUCGCAGUCUACAAAGCAAAUGUGGGCAGUGUUAUCGAGACUGCCAUUGUUGGUCUGACAGUCGAAGAACAAAUCGAUGUUGUCAAGGGGCUUUCCAAAUACCUGUACAAUCAAGGUGUUGUUUCAGGAGAGGUCAGAUAUUCUACCAGCAAUUUUAAUGUUCGGCGUGACUAA